CCCCGGGCUUCCCAACUAGACGCGCGUGCAGUUAUUUGGUGUUUAUUUCAUCGCUGCUCCAUUCAUCACCUGCUCGCCACAGAGAAGCCCAGCGGAGACCGUCGAUCCGUUCCUCCGGCGAGUCAUGGCGAGAGAUCCCGAGCGGAACAGCUGCCUUCUGCGCGAUCUACGGCAGCGAGCCGGUAACGAGCUGUGCGCGGACUGCGGCGCUGCAGAGCCGGAUUGGGUGUCUGUGACGCUGGGUGUGUUCGUGUGUCAGGGAUGCUCGCUCAUCCACAGAAGCAUUGAAGGCCUCAGCCAGGUGAAGUCCGUGCUGCAGGACACAUUUGAAGAUAAAGAAAUCGAGUUUAUCACAUCUAUGGGGAAUGAAGCAGCGAAGGCCAAGUACGAACAGCAAGUACCUCCGUUUUAUCACCGUCCCUCGCACACAGACUGCAGGAUUUUGAGGGAACAGUGGAUCAGAGCCAAGUAUGAGAGAGAGGAGUUCAUACACAUCGAGAAACAAGAGCCUUAUUCAGCAGGAUACAGAGAGGGUUUUCUGUGGAAACGCGGUCGAGACAACGGACAGUUCCUCAGUCGCAAGUUCAUUCUGUCUGAACGAGAAGGAGCGCUGAAAUACUUCAACAAGCAGGACGCGAAAGAACCAAAGGCCAUAAUGAGGAUUCAGACCCUAAAUGCUACUUUCCAGCCGGCUAAGAUAGGAAACCCCUGCGGCCUGCAGAUCACCUAUCUGAGAGACAACAGCACCAGGAACAUCUUUGUGUACCACGAGGACAGUAAGGAAAUGGUGGACUGGUUCACUGCGAUCCGGGCAGCACGGUUUAAUUACCAGAAGGUGGCUUUUCCUGGAGCUAAUGAUGAGGACCUGGUACCCAGACUCACGAGGAACUUCAUGAAGGAAGGGUACAUGGAGAAAACAGGCCCAAGGCACACAGAGGGCUUCAAGAAAAGAUGGUUCACCAUGGAUGAUAGGAGACUAAUGUACUUUAAAGAUCCCUUGGAUGCAUAUGCACGUGGCGAGGUCUUCAUCGGCAGUAAAGAGAACAGUUAUACCGUGGUACCCGGACUGCCGCCCUCCAUCCAGGGAUACCACUGGAAGUACGGGAUCACCAUUGGAACCCCGGACAGGAAGUUCCUGUUUGCUUGUGAAACCGAAGCAGAGCAGAAGGACUGGAUCGCUGCCUUUCAGAGAGUCGUGAACCGUCCCAUGAUGCCGCAGGAGUACGCAGUUGAGGCUCAUUUCAAGCACAAGCCUUGAUGCUGGCUGUAAACCUGCCUGCGUGCAUGCGUGUGUGCGUGUGUGUGUGUGUGUGUGUGUGUGUGUGCUGCAGGCAGGACAGACUGGACGAUGAACAGCUUUUCUGUCCAAUGAAGUGCUCCGGACCGAGCGAAUACAAGAAACGGAUUCUGGACUGUGUGGCAGACGUCAACAGAGCGCCGACACUUAAUUAUCAUGAAUGUGUAACCAAAGGGUGCCGUCAGCCGAGCUACUGUACACAUAUGGCAUGUGAAUGUUGUCCAUCGCUCUUAAACCUAACAUUUAAUCUGUAAAUCACAAGGUGAGCAAGUACUAAACACCACAGUGCGUUUUUUGACUGAUGUUAUUUAUUGGAUUUUCCAAGUGAAAGCUGCUGUGACGUUUAGUGGAUCCUCAAGACGCUACGCUACACCUCUCCGAGUGUCCUUUCUGAUCGUCCAGGGCUUUCCUUCAUCAUUAUUGAUCAUGUAAAUGUGUGUCCAGUGUAAGCAGAGGGUUCAUAUACUACAGUGCAUACUUCUUCUGGUGUCUGUGCAGGUGCAGUAUGUCAGGUUUCUAGAGACGGUUCUGUUCUUGAUUUAUCCUCCACUAGGUGGAAGCAUAUCACAGAUUAAGAUGCAUGUCUUUCUUUUUAUGCAAAACAGGGUUGAUAUUAGCCAUAGACUGACAUAUCGGCCGAUAUUUGGCCAUUUGGAGAUUAUCUGCUGAAGUCCAACUUGAAUAAAACAAGUGAUAGUUCCCCUCAUCUUAGUCGAUAGGUACAGUCAAAAUAUAAAUGCAUAUAAAAUUCGGAUUGAAUUUAAUGUGAUGCAUAUUUAUCACAUAUAAACGAAGCAGGCUAAAUAAACUGAGUUUUAAACACACAACGACCAGGUUUAUAUAUUUAAUUUAUUAAUAAGUUUCUGUUUUAAUAGCUAAUAAUAAAUGUUUAUCAUUUGUAACUGCAUAAAUGUGAUUGAUUUCACAAAUGCAUGCUGAUUUCAAGAAAUUAAAUAUUAUUAUUUAAAUGAAAUCAAACAGAUGCAAAUAGCUAAUAACAAACUAUGAUUUUUAAUUGCAGACUUGUUUUAUUUUUGUAUGACUUACAAAUAUCCAUCACAUUAAGUUUGGUAAAUAUUUUAAUUGCAAAAUAAGCAUCUAUUUAAUUUAAGCAAUAUUGCAUUGUGUUUCGGUAUAUAUAUAUAUAUAUAUAUAUAUCAGCGUUAUAUUGGUCGUCAGCAUAUAAUAUUGGUAUAAAAAACAACACAAAGAAGACACGCACUUCAGUUGACCACUACUUUAUAUACAGCAUCCUUAUCUUCAGUCAGACUCCUUCUGUUGACUCUGAAGAAGACAUUAAUAUUCUUCAGAUUUGAUGUAAUGGAUAUGAAUGUGUAGACCAUGGCAGGUUGUAAUUAUAAUAAUCUGAUGUGUAUCACAGCUCCUGUAAUGUAACUCUGGCCCUCUUGUUCAGGUUAUGAUGAUGCUGUUCAGGUGUUUUUCUUUUCAUUUGUUUCAAAUAAGGUUUUAUUGAAUGUUUACCAUCAAAAGCGUAUCCGGUUUGUUUUUUGGGGACUUGUACCAUGGUAAAGGAUAAUGUACAGUCGCUCAUUCUGUCAAAGUAAACAAGAUCAUGAAUGUCUGACUGUACAUUAUCCAGCUUAUUAUACAGCUACUUAACACAUAAAUAAAUAUGUGGACAUGAAAUAUU